AUGGAUCUAGAUGCGGAAUGGAAUUCAGAGCCCGAGGCCUCUAAUAAAUAUUGUGUCUUAUGCGGUGUCAUCCUGCUGCACGAAGAGUUUGAGGAUGUCCCCGAAUCGCGACGCCCCUGGUAUGAAGAAGCGCGCGCCGCCGUCAAAGACCACAAUUUCCCAACAGACCAGAACUAUUUCUUGUCAAACACGGGUAUUCUUCCCACGUGUGAUACACUGUUUAUUCCCAUGGGCGAUGAGGACGAUUACACCAAAGCUGAUACGUUUGACGAGGUCUCUUUGGCUCCCCGGGCGCGGGCCGACCUUUCGGGCUACGCCUUCCAUGAUUCGUGCUGGAUGUUGCUUCAGGACCGACUUUGGGAUAUUAUUGAGCCGGAUGAAAUUGCAGAGUCAUUGCAUGAUUUGUUUUAUUGCACGCCACACCCCGAUCUGUCUACAUUUCGACUGGGGCAUGAUUAUGGAGGCGCUGCAGAAACACACAAGCCGUUUGGUGAACCUGAACCUGUCGAUCUGUUGUCGCCCUUUUAUGCAGAUCCAUAUAUGAUUCCAGCGCCAGAGAAGAUUGAAGAGAAUGCGCCCGAUGUACCUGUCCAGUGGAGGAAUGGUAGCCUCCUUGGCCCUUCUACGGUUGCUAACCCAGGGUAUAACUCGUCCCUUGGAAAGCUGUCCUUGGAUGUGAUCCACGAUAUCAUAACAUAUCUGCCACUGGAACAAGUGAUCAAUCUGAGACUCACCUGUCGAGAUCUCGCGCAGAGAAUUGCAUUCCAUUGUCUUCCACAGUCUUUCUGGAAGAGACAGUUCAGACUAGGAUACGCGAUGGACUUUGUCUUCGUGGAUAUCGAACAGAGUCGUGAUUGGUAUCGUCUCUGUCGCGGUGCAAUGGCCUAUCUUAAAGCCAACGAUCAAUCCGAAUUCAGUCUGUCUUUUAUCAACCGAAAGCGAAUCCGCCAUUUGUUGGAACCGAUCGCGUCGAUUGUGGAGAUUGAUCAACAGAGAUCUGGAAAGGAGCCCCGUGGUAGAAGAACCACUUGCUUUGAGUUCAACGGGGAAUGGUCCUUGAGUUCAAAUAAUAUAGACGUGGACGUCGUGAGUAUACACAGAGCCGAACUGCCUUCCUCCCCCUUUGACUCCUUCGACGAAGGAUGCCGUGUACCCAGAUAUCGAUCAUGCACCGUUCCUUCCUUCAUGCCGAAUGGUGGAGAGAUCAGGGUUUCGACUGUUCGCAUAGGCGCACGAACCUUCAUUUCGGGAAUCAGCCAUCAUCUGGCUGGGGAUCUAAAGGCCGGACCGGCUGUGGGAUAUGGCAAACCGAUGCAUGAAGAAUCAAUCAAGGUCCCACCAGGUGGUAAAACCCAGUGGAUUAAGGUCGCACUCUGUCCAGAAGGGCUGCGUGGGAUUCGAUUCCAUUUCUCUGGUGAAUUUUCGUCCGACUUUAUUGGAGAUCACGAUGACGAGGACAUGGCUCAUGGAAGCCUUGCCAUUCCAAUGUCUCCAAGUAAUAGAUACAACCUCAUUGCUGGCUCUGAUAAAUACAAACUGAACGUUAUUGGAACCGCCUGGGCAGAGAAAGCCGAAGACAUAAUUGAUGAAACCAACAGGAAUCCUCAAGUCCAAACCGACGUUGAAACGCUUCGUCGCCAAAUGCGCGGACCUCACAUGUAUCGCCCCGAGUCUCAUCUAUGGGCAACUGAGCAACCUGCUCAUGAACACCUCUUCCUGGGUGAUUUACAGCCUUCUUCUGCUAAAAUGACAUUUCAGCCACUGUUUGAUAUAGACUUUGGCGGGAAGAACGGCGAAAAGCUCGAACGCCUCACAGAAAUGGUGGUGCACAUGUCUUCUGACGGUCGCAUUAUUGGAAUGACUUUCUAUGACACAGAUAGAGUCAUGGCGGCUCACUCGCCUGGUCGCCAUAGUGGAGUUCAUUUGGCAUUUCUAAUUGAUGGCCCUGGGGGAGAACGCAUCACACAGGCUGUCGCUGCUACUGAUAACUUAUUCGCCGAUUAUAUCCACGGCUUGAGGGUUUUUACGAAUUACGGGCGUAAAAUGGACUUUGGAACAGUUCAACUAUGGCAUUUCAGCGAGCUGCAUAGUAAACGCCUACAAAAUAUGCGUGGCAGUAUUAUCACCGGCUUUGUGACCACGAAACACUCAAAUGAUGCGCACCUUUCCAAGAUUGGAGUUCAGGUUCAGCUGGGUUCUGAUAGCGAUACUCCGCCGGCAGUCUGCAGGGAUCAGCCCAUCCGCUACAUGCCCCAUAAAGACAAGUGCCUUUUCAGACGUAUGGCGGCUCUGAUACACGAUGAGGGAUUGAAAGAAUAUGACAGCUACGCUUCUUUCCACGCGGUAAACCAAAUUCAAGUAUCAACAGGUGGGCCUGAGAAAUGUCGUGGUUCUUCUCGUAUCUCAGGUAUGGUAUUCGACUAUCAUAAUGGAAGAAGCCCAGAGAUUGUAGGGCAGCAUAUGGAAGAGGGUGAUGCAAUGGAGCUUAGCGAGGGUGAGGAUGUCCAGGCCAUCACAUUCUGGCUCAGCAAAGAGAGCGGAGUCGAUCCUAUGUACAUGCGAGGGCAGGUCGUUGCGGUUCUUGUGGAAACAACCCAUGCCCAAAGCAAGAUGUUUGGCUCCCAUCCCGCACUACAAGAAUGUACAAAACGGAAAUUCCAAGCAACGUCAAAGGAAGUCCUUGGGGGCAUUUCAUGGAUAUUCAACACUUCUUACGAUGCCAUCAGAGGCGUCAUCUUCCCCAGCCAUUCAAAAACUCACUUGUGA